ACGUCAGUAGAAAACCUCACUGGUCUCAGCAUUCGAAGAUUCUCCAAGUACUUCUUCUCGAUGAUCCUCACGUUGCCGAAGCGGUUGGUUAGAAUUUCGAUGGCAUCUGCAUAUGAUGCGUCCGUCACUUGAAUUCCCUCGAUCGCUUUGGCUGCUGGUCCAGCCAAAAAGGUUUUCAAGUAAUGGAAGCGGUCGAUGUUCAUUAAACUGGCAUUUUCGUGGACGGCAUGCUUGAACAUGUCCCAGAAGGGCUGCCACUGUUGCACUGUUCCAUUGAAGUGAACCAAGUCGAGCUUCGGAAGUCGAGAAGCACCGACAACCGGUCUUGAGGUAUCACCGAGGGCACAAUGUCCUGAGAUCGUACCUAAAGCUGAGGCGUCGUUAGGUGUCGGUAGGCCUCGAUCCGCGGUCGUUUGAGACUGAAGCUCUUCGAUGUGGUGACAGAGAAGGGACAAGGUUGCUGCCGCGUUGUCUUCAUAAUCCGCGACCGAGAUGUAGUCUUCGGAUGCUUGCUCGUCCGUGAGGUAACCCUCGAACUGUUCGUUGAGCACCCGUAGUCCGUCGUUGCAGCUCUUCAGUCUGUCAUGCAGCACUCGAAGUGCCGGAGCGCUAAACUGACUCGAUUCCAUGAGUUGGCUUGCCUCGUUUCGGAGACGCGUGUGCAAAGCUCGUUGGGUUGCGCGCUUGCCCUUGAUCCGCUCCAUCUUCGUUGCUGGCGAAGUCCUUUCGUUGUCGGAUCACUUGGAUCACAGAGUCCCGGGUUUCUCGGCACCAGAAAAUGUAAAACAAAGGAGUCUUCGCAGUAGAAGAGCGGGAAGGGGAAGUUUACUGCCCGAAGAACGGUAACAACGCGUCCAUACUAGCCGUUCGAGUCAGUCCAGAAGCGCCAGAUCACGAGCGAGCUGAGCGCGCUAGUCGCCGCCGUCGUCCUCUUCCUCUAAUAUUUAACACCCCUAUUGCGUGCUUUGCAGAGCGCCAAAAAGGGUGCUUUUUACAUAGAUGCGCGACGGAAAGGCUUUGAGUGUAACCAACUAAAGCACUAUUAGCCUCAUGUAUCCCAAAACAAAUGUAGUUCUUUUUUUUUCGCAAUGUUUGCAAACUGAUGAACAUGAAUGGGGAUUAGGCCAAACAAACAGCAGUCACUGCAGGGAUUUUCGAGGGCACGAUGAUCACUCGAAAAAGAAAGUGGACAAUGUGGGGGUGCGACCAUUAUGUGAAUGCAAUGUUUACACGGAUAAAUACGAUAUAUCUUUUAACGAGAAAAGCACCUACUGGAAAUCUGGGUUUCAAAACUUCACUGGGCGUCGGAACACGUGACAUUUGGUUAGUACCACGCGGCUUGGAAUGCUGCAGGUCACGCAGCCAUCAGCACUUUUCGCUGCAGUCUGCAAGGCUUGCUCAUUGUUUGCUGCUAAUCCUAUCGUUCAACUGGCAUCACGUAGAAUAGUCAAACGCAGUACCCUGCCACACACAUCGCACCUCACCGCCUGGGGAAAGCAAGUUUCCCGAUAUCGUCGUACGAGCCUGCAAAAUAGGAGGAGGUGAGGGCAAUUUCAAUUCUCCUUGGCACAAUAGCCUAACUUGCUGGCUAGCUGGCAUGCACUCAUGAUGUACCAUGCACGGUGCUUGCUUGCUUUCUUUCUUUGUUUCUUUCUUUCAUAUUUUUCUCCCUGCAGCCACAAGUAAGUGAGCUCAUGUAGGACUACAUUGAAGGCGUGGUUGCAGACACAUGUGCUUGAAGGAAUGUGGGGUAGGUGCGGUGACUAGACUAAGCCAAACACUCAAACCUGGAGAAAGAAUUCCCUCCGCGUUUUGCCUGCUUUGUAAUGUUCAGUGGUGCCACAUUUCACAAAACGUUGGAACUGACGUGAAACAGCUUGAUAUCUUUUUGCACAGAUGGCACCACCACCAAACAUCGCCUGUGAGACCUAUUAUUUAUUGAAAAUCUUCAGUUUCAAGCACUGCUUAGUAAAACUCGUGAGUGCUAGUAAUUACAAGACACUAUAAGGCUCUAGUAAUGUGCAACAGUCGUGAAUUAGCAUGUACAUGAAAAAGAAUGUCAAUUUGCACGGACCUGGCCAGCAGAAAAAUUUGAUUCACUGCUCCCCUGUAAAUUCCCUAAUUAACAUAAGACAAUUUUCUCUUCAUAGAAUCCAAGACAAGGGCUUGCUGUUUGAUUAUUGCAAAUUUCAGAGUUUCAGCUUGAAUAGUCCCUUCUUUGGUAAUGUGUGACCAAGUAGUCAUAAAUUGCCAAUUUGAAAUAACUCGCAAACUGCUCAUCAGAACACAAAACAACUUCGCUUAGAUGAUAAGUACACUGUAGCCUAGAAAACCACUAAAUAUUGUAAUCUUGAGUUUAAAAGGAAAAAAGAUAUUCAUUCAUAAACUUUUAUAGCUUUGCCCAUUUUUAUUGGCGUCUAUAUAAAUUUCGAAUUGCAUUACACGCAAUUUCUCUUCAAAGAAACCUUGUAUGACAUUUCAUUUAAAGGCACAGCAAAUUUUAUUUUGUUAUGUUUAACAGUUUUCCCGGAAAUGCAGUACAACGGAGGCUAGUACAGCAAAAACGCCAUUUUUCGCUCCCACUGUUUUGAUUGUCGUCAGGCAACGCUUCAGGCUAGGCAAUAAUACUAGGUGACAUUGGAAAGCGCAGAAAGUAAGCUUUCUAAUCCAAUAAAGUUCACAUUCGUCCAAUGAGCGCAGGAAGCAUAGUGCAUCUGUAAACAGUGACUAAAAUGCCGAGCACGUGCCGCCGGAGUGGGACCGCUACCUUAAUGACGAGGCCGUAAUUAUCAAGUCGAUGGAAAAGAGCGCGUAGGUGAGCUUCAUGCUCUGGGCUGGAUGAGCUUGCAAUGAGGAAAUCAUUAAGGUAGGCGAAGACGAAGUUGAGACCUCGCAUGGCCUCGUUGGUAGUGCACUGAAAAGUCUGUGCAGCAUUGCGCAAUCCAAAAGGCAUCUUCACAUACUCGAAGAGCCCGAAAGGGGUGGUAAUGGCCGUCUUCGGAGCGUCAGCGGACUCCACAGGAAUUUGAUGGCACACUUUGAAGAGGACCAGUAUGAGCCCAGACGCACGGACCGUAAACUGAAGCCGUUUGCUGUGCCCACUCUGUUUAGCCACCGGAAAGUUCCGAAACGACGCCGAAGGCUUGUACGGGGUGCAUCAACAAGCAGCAGUAUCAGUGUUACCACUGCUGUUGACACUGCUGCAAAGGUCUCCACAACCACAAGUCUCACAACUGCUGCAACUGUUUCUACUGUCAUGACACCUGCGGUUUCAUCUUCAGUGGCCAAAAGCUGGCCAGCUCAUCUUCAAUCAGCCACCAAACUUGCCAGCGGGGCUGAGCAGGCACAGUACAUGCAAGUCACUCCGUCAGCCAUGCCCAAAUUGCUGACAUCGCCUGUAGAUACUGGGCCUGCCUUCACUGUGGCCACUUCAGGUGGCAACGUCAUCCUUGUUCCUGCGAAUGCACAACACGAAGACCAUUACAUUAUCGGGGAUCCACCUGUUUUUGUGACUCAGAUGAGAGCACCACCUGUUCUGGUGCCUAAUGCCAGGACUCCAAAUACCAACUCAGUGCUGCCUUCAGUUAGUGGCCUUCCCAAUGCUGACCCCUUCAUUCUGGUGCCUGUGAGCAAACCCAACAUGGUUCCUGUGCCCAGCACGGCGACAAGGUCAAGUACUCAGAUGCCAGUCAUCUUGUCGGUUGAAUCGCUUGCACCUAACGCAAAACCUCCUGCCACCAAGGCAGCGGGUAUGACUCCCAUCUUGGCUAGGCCCACAAGGUAUGAAAUGCUACAGGAAAAGGCAACAGCAUUGUGGCAAGAGACUGUUGAAAUGCGGCGCGAAAUCGCCGAGUUGUCUCACCAGGCAGUGCGUGUCAAGGCAUCACUGGCACGCCAGACGGAACUGCUCAGCCGCUUCCUCCGACUGGACCAAAUUGAGUGCCUGCAGAAGCUUGCCAAUGACAAGCCCACACGGUGGACUGAGCCCACGCUGCGCAUGGCACUCGACAUCUACCGUUGCUCACCGGAGGCUUACCGCAAGUUGCUGGUGGCCCACUUUCCACUGCCAACGGAGACAGCUCUGAGGACAUUCUGCAUUGAGAAUGGGGUGCGCGAAGGUGUGCCCAUUGAGUUGAUGCAAAUGGACAUGUGUCCUGAAGUGGAUGGAGAGGAGGGAAAUGAAAAUGUGAACAUUGUGUGGCUGUGAAUUAGCCAUAGACAGUCAUGACUGGCUAGCUGCUGCCCAGGGAGGUGAAUUCUCGAAUCACAGUUCACCAUGAAGGGUUAUAUCCACCAAGAAAAAAAGGUGGCAUGAAAUGUGUUACUGUGCGUAGUUGCAUUUCAUAUUUUUAAGGCAGGAGGAUGAGGAUAGGGCUAUUUUAUUGAAUAUUGAAGUGUGAAUGUACAAAGGCCCAUUCUACAGCAUAGUUAUAAAUGGUUGCAGCAUGCAACUUGAAGAACAUGAGGUUCAGUAAUUUAACAGGCCCACGAGAAGCAAAGCCAACGGGUCGGAUGCUUCAUCGUCUCGUGGCCGAUUAGAUGCCUAUCCUGUCCACUUGCGGACCCGUUUUGUGUACUUUCUGCCUUACCAUGCUUUACCGUAAUGGAGCUUUUAAAGCCCUACAGGAUAGCGUUAACAGUGUUAGUAAGUCUGAAACACAGCUAGGCAACCAAUUUUUUGAACAUGAAAGGUACCACACGAGUGUGUAAAAUAUUGAGCUGCCAGGAAAAACUAAUUUUUACAAAAAAUAAUCACCAGUGAACGCCUGUGGAUGUGUCUUCUAUCGAUUCAGUUCAUUACCUGUCCUGUUUCAUCUAUCGUCAUUGGCUUGGACGUCAUUGCCAUCAGCCAAACGGAUGGUAUGAAAUGGAACAUCAGAGGAUACAGCCCAUCCCUGUUUAACUUUUAGCAGCCGCAUAAAUCGAAGGCAGCGAACAGAUGUGAUACAUGUUGUGUGCAGGCUGUGGUCUCCAGUGAGACACGACUAAGGCAUGACAGUGCCCUAGUCGACAAGAGAGCUUAUUUUAGGUUUUAGCACAAAACUUUUGUACACAGCCUACGGAACAAGGCAGUGCAAACAGCAAGCGUGAAAGAGCUCUUGAAACCAAAACGGUGCUAACAGCUGCGCUUUAUUAUAUUUAAGAUGUUAUUUAUGCUUAUAUAAUAUACCAUUUUAGCUUUUUUGGUCGGUGUGUUUGUUUUAUUGAGUGUCCGAGCUGAUAUACAAAAUAAAGUCAUUUUAUCACAUGC